AAAUAUGGGUUCUCCUUCUGAAAACAGUGACACCAUCCCAAGUGUUUCCUCAGAUGAGGUAGACACACAAGGCAACGGUGAAGACCGCAGUGUGUCAGAUCUCCCACCUUCUGAUACAGAUCUCUCUUCAAUUUCUGAAACCCCACUGGCAACUUCUUCCCAACCACCAAAAGAAAAUGACACGGAAACAUACUCAGAGGUUCCAGAAGAUUCUGUUUCCAUCGAUGGAGAAGAAACUUCCUCUGCUCCAUCCAUCAUAAACUCUCAGUCGGCUCUUGCAGAAGCUACUGAGGAACCAAACAUUUCUGGAGACUUAAGCGAUGGACCAAUCAUAUCUCCUAAAGAAGAGAGAAUUGGAUCUACUUCGGAGCCAGGGGUUAAUGAGGAACAUCUUCUAGAUGGUGACAAUACCCAGGACAAAAUCAAUACUCCACCUUCUGAUCAACAGCUAGUUUCUGAAGAUAUACUGGAAACUAGUAUCCCAAGCUCUGGCGAUGAACCAGGUGUAAAAUCUGGAACAAUUUCUCCCCUUGUAGACACUGAGACGUCAACAAAAACUCAGGAACCCUCAGGAGAAACAUCUUCUGCAUCUAUUGAGGAUAUGCUCUCCAAUUCAGAGAAUGAAGAUGGAGAACCCUCCCCAAGUCUAUCAUCCAAAACUCUUGAUUCUUCUCCAGGCGGUGAAGUUGUAGAUGAAAAUAGUGAUGGGGAAGAUGACACAGGAUCAGCUUCAUCAGCCAAAACAGCCAUUACAGUGAACAACGAUGGUCAGCCUGGAAGUGACUUUCCUGUGGGACAAUUAGUAACUUCACCCAUUGGAGGAAUUUUAGCUCUGGCACCUAUAGAAGAUGGAGAGACCUCAGUCCCAAGGGAUGAUGCUCAAUUGUCAACAGGAGCCGUAUCCUCUGAGGAUGCGACACCACAAUCAGCCUCUUCUGCUGAAGGAAUGGAAACUUCUGCUUCUGAGCCAUCCGCUGUGGGUUCUCAACCAUCUCCAGAUGAUGAAGCAGCACCUGAAACUUCUAAUGAGACAGAACAAACAUCUGCAACUAGUGAGAAUGUAUCACCUAUGGCUUCAUCGACCGCAGAGUCACAAGAACCCACAACCUCAGAAAGUGGUGAGUUUUCUGGAGCACUCAACGAAGAACGUCCUGCCUCCCCUGUUGAAGUGGCGGGAAUUGCCAAUUCACCUCCAGCAACUGACAAAUCAUCUCAGUUCCUUCCAGAAGGUGUGGCUUCUUCUGAUGGAGUAGAAGAUUCCGAAGACCUCACUAAUACGAUCGGUGAGAUAUCUUCUCAAGGUCCAUUGGACAGAGGAUCAGAGUCUAAAACAUCUACCAGUGAAGAGGAUACUGAAGGACGUAGUGAUGGAGAACUGUCCCUAAAUAAUAACGGGACUGAAACAGCCACGGUGGAAUCAGCAAAUAAUGGAGGAUCUCAGCUACUUCCUGAUGGUGCUCAGCCAUCUACAACCACUGGAACUUCUGAGAUAUCAGAAGGUCCCUCCAGUGUAAAUGGGCAGGAAGGAUCUUUGAUCCCAUCAGCUGCAGAGUCACAUUCAACUUCUACUUCUACUGAAGAAGUGGAAAAUGCCAACUUAGAAUCUGGGACUCAACCAUCUCUAGAUGGUUCACCAACAACAGAGGUUCAAGAUUCUAAGAGCGCAGAAGCAGCAGAAGAUACUUCCAACGAUGGGGAGAAAUUGUCUUUGACCUUAUCAGCCACAGCAUCAAAAUCUCCUGGAAUAUCAGAUGGCGAGGAUGUUUCUGGAGGAACUGGUGAAGAGUUGGAAAUGACUGGUUCGGGGUCAACAAAUAAUGCAGGAGCUCAGCCAUCUGUGGUGGCUGGUGGAGCCACUGAAACAUCUGAUGCGUCCAACAGAGUAGAACCAUUAGAAAGCUCUUCUGCCAAUGAGGGAGAUACUUCUUUAGGUUCCUCAGCUGCAGAAUCAUCAACUGCACCAGAAGUUCAAGAGGUCUCUGGAAAACCUAGCGAUGGAGAUGGGAUGGAAGCAGUCAAUUCAGAACCAGCAACUAACGCAGAACCUCAAUCAUCUCCAAAUGAUGUUGUUGGGCCAGGUGGAGCUCCAGCUCCUGAAGAGGCAGGAACACCAGAAGUCUCAGGAACGAAUGAAGGAUCUUUGGCUGCAUCUGCUCCAGAAUCACAAGCCAUCUCUUCUUCCAAUGAAGAAGAAACUAGCAACACAGCCACAAAUGCAGGAUCUCAACUACCUCUAGAUGGAGAAUCAACAGCAGGGACUCUACCUCCUGAUGGUGCAGAGAUAGCAGAAGCGUCUUCCAGCGUGCCUGAGGAAAAGGGACCUUUGUCUCCAUCCACUCCAGAGUCACUAGAAGAUUCAUCUUCCGCCAAAGAGGUGGAAACUGCCAGCAGAAAGUCAACAACCGAUGAAGGAUCUCAGCUAUCAGCAGAUGGAACUUCACCAGAAGAUUCCCUUGCUUCUGAGGGAGCAGAACCAAAAGAAAGCCACUCCAUCGCCAGUGGGGACAAGGCUUCUCCAGUUCCAUCAGCCACAGAAGUACAAUUGCCAGAAACAUCUGCCAACGAAAAAGUUCUUGGAGGACUUGAGAAUGGAGAAUCUUCCUUAUCCCCAGGAAAAGAGAUAGCCAACACAGAGUCAUCAUCAAACAAUGCAGGAUCUCAAACAUCUCCAGAUAGCGUAGCAACAGAAGGGGAAGAAGCAGAGACAUCUCAAGACAAUUCAAUUGUAAGCGAGAAGCAAUUAUCCUUAGCUCCAUCGUCUACUAAACCACAGUCCCCUGGGACAUUGGUCAGCAAAGAUGUUUCUGAAAACCUGGUUAAUGGAGAACCAGCGCUCUCCACCGAUGGAGGGAAGGAUAUUGCCAACAUAGGAACAGCAGGUGCCCAAGCGUCCAUGUCUUCCACAGGAACAGAUCCGAAUCAAAACAAUAUAGCAGAGCAAUUUGGACAAAAUUCAGAGUCAAUAAGUGGACAACCUUCUGCUGAUGGAGCCAUGAUUGGUAAAUCUCCAGAAGAAACCUUGAUUCCCAGCUCAGUGUCUUCUGAUGGGAAUUUGGCCACCCAAGGAACAAGCCAGGAUUUUGGUGCUCCAGGUUCUUCUCAGCCAUCUUCAGAUAUCCAGGGCAAUUUGGCAAAUUCCAUCAAUGCUGGACGUACAGAAGACUCUCUUCUCUCUCUAGGUGACCAUAUUUCUAUUGGUGAUACUUUGGGUGUACCAGAAGGUCCAAUCUUGGAUGCAAAAGCAGGUGGAGAGGUUCUCCAAGGAGCCUCUGAGGCUUUGGCCAGUGUCAAUAACUUAAUCCAUCCAUCUUCUGCCGAAGGAACCAAACCAGCAGCAGGUCAACUAUCAGGAGUGGCAUCUCCAUUGGCUUUCUUGCUUCCCAAAAAUGGCCUGCUCUUAACAUCUUCUAAUUUAGGUGGCCCAAAGCUAGGAAAUGUGGUUGGGAAAGGUUCAUCUCCCUCAACGCCAGAAGAACAAAGUGAAGUUGUCAAUUCAAUCUUGGCAGUUCACAAGGAGAUAUCCACAGCUUCUUCUGCAGAUGGAGGCCAACCUUCUCUUUUGGGUGCUAAAGGAAGUCCAGCAAAGGUAUCAAAGUUGCUUCCUGGGAAACCAGGACCUCAAGACAAAGUAGAUGCCCUUCUCCUGCCCUCCAAGCCUGAAGUCCCAGCAAAGGCAUCAAAAUUGACUUCUGGAAAACCAGGACUUCAAGGUAAAGCAGAUGCCCCUCAACUGUCCUCCAAGCCUGCAGUCCCAGAGGAGACACCACAGUUGCCUUCUGGAAAAUCAGAACCUCAACUCACAGCAGAUAGCCAUCUCCUGUCCUUCAACUCUGACGUCGUAGCCAAUUCAGAGCGCACCGUUCCUGGGAAACCGGGUUCCUCAUCUUCAGAGAGCACUUCUGCUUCAGAUGAGAAUGACAGGGACUCUUCAAGUAGCUCCAACCUGUCAGAAGAGCGCCAGAGUUUCAUGAAAGGUAAGGUUGCUCUUGACUUAAGCAAAGCCAAACCGGGCGGGAGUGAACAUCUUGCCUUAUCUGGAGUGGGCCUACUAGCCAUAAAGUCCUCAGAACCCACCGGCAAAACCGCAAAGAAGAAGUCCGAUUCGAAGAAGUCCAAGGACAAGAAAAACAAACGAAAUGAAAAACCCGCCAUCAUCACUGGUGUACCAUCAGGUGCAGCGGUCUCCUUGUACCCCUACGGUGCCAGCGUGAACGAUAAGCAGUACGUCGAAAGGAAAGUGGAUUUUAACUCGCCCCUCUUCAAGCCCGAGAUUGGGAUCCCGCUUGGAAAAACCCUCCGCAACUCUCUUUACUUCACGGAUAACGGACAGAUCGUCUUCCCCGCCUCUGACAAAGAUAUUUCCAGCUAUCCCAAGCCACCUUCCGGUGGUUUUAAUGGUCGUGAGGAAGUGCCCAUGGUGGCUGUGUUUUGGGACAAUGCUGACUUCUCCAAAGGAUCUGGCACCAUCUUUUACCAGGAAUAUCCUUGUGGGAAUUCUGCCAAGCACCCCCUUGUCCAAGAUGUGGAAGCAAAGAUUCGCCAGUACGUCAACUCUUCCUACAGAGCCCGGUGGUUACUCAAAGUUACCUGGGACAAAGUCCAACGCUACCCGGCGCAGAGACAGACCAGCAAGACGAACACCUAUCAAGCCGUUCUCACCACAGACGGUUACCGAACCUACGCGCUGUUCCUUUACCAAGAGGGAGGGAUGCAGUGGGACUACACCAAACUCUCAGCCCCCAACGCGCUGAUCGGGUACACCAGCGGCGAUGGAUAUUUCAAAAACGAUAAUUUGAUGACUCGAACCCCAGCUGAGAAAUACCGGCCAGAUGGCUUCCAAGGUUACAAUACAGAUGUGCGUGGCCUGUGGAUAUACAAACUGGAUAGCUGGAUCCGUGUGAAUUACCGGCAGAGGUGCCUGGAUUGGUUGAGUCACGAGAGAUUUCCAUCGGCCUGGAACAGGAACCUGCCCGCUUGUCCGUGCUCUCUGCAACAGGGGAUGUCGGACUACCGCUACACCACCAGCCAAAAAGGUGGAGAGAAUUCCGGCUUAACCCUGCUGUAUUCGUCCAGUCCAAAUAACUACGGGGCAGGCGUCCGAUGUCUCUACAACCAAAACGGCCAGCUUCAAGAAGGUCGGCAAGAGAGAAUUUGGAAAACGUCCAGGAAAAACUACCCCAACAACGGUGAGCCACGGAAGGGAUGAAGGGUGGAGGUUUUU